AUGGGCGACUCUACUAAUACUCAAGCAUACAAAGUGGGCUAUCACGCUUCCGAGUACAAAGAUUCAGGCCUGCCAUACGACAAAUCUCCAACGAGGCCUUCAGACCCGAACCAACACGAAAACGAGGCUGGAAAAAGUCGCCAGGUUGAUGCAGUUUCCUCCGCCCUGUCGAACCCGGAUUUGCAAAUCUAUGAAAGAUUUAUAGCCCCUGCUCGUCAAUUCGUGAACGAGUGGGAUCUGGACCUUGAGCGAGGUCGGGAGCGACUAGGUGACGGGUUGAACGUUCCCGCGACUCCAGGACAUCACCCUGUCGAUGGAGCCGUUGAGCGUUAUCACAUUAUGGACAGCUGGGGAGAGCGUGGAACUGGUGACGGCCAUCAGUUCUAUUUCAACUCUGCAAAGCAUAAAACCGCCGCUGGCAAUCCGAUAGCCGAUGGCACAGUCGAAUGGGUCCAUUUGGGGUUUCGAUCUCCGACCCUUGGCGUGAUCCAAUCCGUGGUCGAUAAAUACGCUUGCUCGGGACUGGAAGAUGGGAUUGACAGAUUGACUGACGGGCUUUUGCGUCGAAUGUUCAGCAACCAGGAGAAAACAUUCGUCGCAGGCUACUAUCUGCAACCUGGCGUCAUCAGAUAUGAUGGAAAACUUCCGCUACAAGACGUGCCCGACAAGCCUUGCACAUUUGUCAACUUUCCAUAUCUAUGCCUUGAGGACCCUAUAAAGUUGGACGAGCUCCCAGAAGAGCCUGACCCUGUCAAGAGGAAGUUCCCAGUGCGCUCACUACUGCAGUCGCGUUACCGUCUACAAUUAACCCAUGAGAAAGAUCUGAAGCAGUCUGUCUCGGCCUUGACCAACAGGCAGGUCAACGCAUGUAUACAACCUGCUGUCGCCCACCUUGGCUCUAGCACUACUACCACGGAAAAAUGUACUAAAAUUGUACACGCCCACCAACUCUGGUGUUUGUCUCUCAGUGGAGACACCGUAGUUACGUGCGCUCCCAUCCAUGGAGAGACGCUUCACGGGCAGGUCAUUUUGGUGAACGAGAUCAACCAAGAGGACCCAACUGUGCACAUAGUGCUCGAUUAUAAGGGUCGCUUGAAGCGUUACAGAUAUCAACGGAAUCACUGCGACUCGUGGUUCCGCUUGUUGAACAAGCACAGACAGAUAUUGCUCUCUAAGGGGCUUUUCGGAGACAAAGGCGUACAGAACGAACAAUUUGACCUCUUCUUUCAAGAUGAGAAAACCAAAGAGACGGAACUCACUUGGUCAAACUGGUUGGAGAUUCUGCAGACUCAUAAUUCGUCAAAUCUGGAAAUCACGAUUAGAAAAACAUCAAUAUCCAAUACGCCAGGAAUUAGCUUAGCUGGAGCGACUGCCUCGGGUCAAACGUCUCAAACCCUCCAGAUUCCGAAACCUAUUCAGCAAGGCGUGGCAGAUCCUCAGAUUCCAGCAGUCAAGAAGGAGAUGAACAAAUCAUCUGAAAUGCGGCGUCUUAAUCAAUUGGAGCGCACGGCCAUCAAUGCAGGUCAGGAACAGACAUCUCAAGCACACGUCAAGGGUGGUGGUUCUGACAUUGUCCUGGACUCACCAUCCAAGCCAAGUCCAGAAGAGUUUGCAAACAGCCUUGGCAGCGACAAACGCCAUAUCAUCCCGUUCUUCCAAUGGCGAUUGCGCAAGAACACCCAGAAGGGUACAGAGAGUACUAGAGUUGGACGCAGCCGGAUCGUAUUGAACAGGAUCCAGCCGUCAUUGUUUGAAACAUAUCGAGAGCUGUUCUAUGACGGCGACCUGAUCCUGAAUGAAUUGAACUUGGAAAGCUUGACACAGUUGUCAAAGCUAGAAGGACGAACGCUCGAGCAAUUUGCUGCAGACACCGAAGAUGGUUCACCACGCGGUGCGCAAAUUGAGACUCUCAUAAAGGCAACCAGCGCAGUGUUACCCCUGUUUUUGCCAAAUAUCAUCGACCAAAAUGUGCAACGGGAGCCUUUAUCUCCUCUUACCCAGGACGGAGGUCUUAAACCUGCUGAUAUACAAAGUCCCUCAGCAGGCAACUCGAAUCCUACAGGAAACCCUUCAGAUCAAGGGGGUGGGCCAGCUACCAACGACCCGUCUGCUGGAAAAAAUCAAGAGCCCUCUCACAGACCAGGCACAGCAAAUACAGAGACGAACACCAAAACCGAUGACAAGGAUGUACCACCUGGGAUGGAGACUCAUCCAACUCUAAAGCUCUUCAGAGCGGUAAUUGGGGGCGUCAUUUUGUUCUUGAAGGGGACACCGAUUCCUGAGGAGGAUUUCAACAAAAUCACCCGGAGUCUACGAACUAUACACAGGGUUGCCCUUUUCUUGCACCUAGGGGUUCGUUCGCUCUCUGGGAUGCAAGAAUAUGACAGCGACCCAGAAUUUGGUGGUUCUGCCAUCUUACAAAGGAUCAUCGUGAAGGCAUUUAUCCACAUAAUCUACAUGUACUUCGGACUCUGGCAGUCUCUCUGGGCCCGAAAAGAAAACGAGGCAGCUCCAGAGCGACAACUAUUUUCCUGGGCGUUGGGUCACGCAGAUGACUGCGCUAAAAAGCUCCACGAAGCUGCAAACGACCUCAUUGCAGAAGCUGGGGAAUUCGAGAAAGAACCGCCGCAUGGUCCAAUGGUCACGCCCGAGGCCGUCAUCAUAAUGCUCUUGGAUCGUCUUAGCCAGAACGUUCACGGAGUGGGCAGCUUCGAUCUGGAAGACAUAUAUGAAAGAGUGAUAGAGAAAUUGGCUGCGGAUGUCGAGUACAAUGCAACCAGGUCACUUCUGUUUGAGAUCAACAAGACGUCAGAAGAGCUCGACAUUGUCCGCGACGUGCUCAAGCAGCAGGAGCGGGUCUUGCUGCUGUACCGCAAGUCUCUGGACCCGGGGACUUUCAGUAAAGGCAAGGCGGGGAUCGAGCGGGAGAAGAGGUUCCCAUACGAGGAGAGAUCUGUCAGCGCCGUCCUCAAGACGGUCCGAGAGAGGAUCAGCGACUUUGACGAGCUCAGGAACCGGAUCACGCAAUUGCGGACCCAGAACGUUCAAUUGGUCGAGACCCAGCAGGACGAGAACAACAAGGCUAUCCUCGUCUUCACCCGGUCACCAUAUUGUUUCUUCCCAUGUCGUUUGUGA